AGGCGGAGGGGAAAGUUUGUUUAUUUUGUUUUUAGUUUCUGGGGUCCCCGUGUUUCUGGGAGGUGAAGCGGGAGGGAGUGACCCCCCCCGCGCCCCUCAGUCCCCCUACUACGUCGCCUCCAUAGCCUGCGGAGAAGCGGGGACCGCGCGCAUCGCAGCGCAUCGCCUCACAGCGGAACGCCGCGCACUCGGAGCCGGCGCGGCUCGGCGGGUUUUGGUUUUUUGCACUGAAUGUAGUCUAGACUCAUCUUCACGGGCUUGUGUUGCCCCAGAAUACUGUCGAAGGCGGUAUUUGUGUGUUUCUGCAGAGUUUUGCACAGAGUCUGUUCCAAUGCAAACCAAUGAGGGAGAAGUGUCGGAAGAAAGCAGUUCCAAGGUGGAACAGGAGGAUUUUGUAAUGGAAGGGCAUGGCAAGACUCCACCUCCUGGUGAAGAAAGCAAACAAGAGAAGGAGCAAGAAAGGGAAGAACAGUUAAUGGAAGACAAGAAAAGGAAGAAAGAGGAUAAAAAGAAAAAAGAAGCCACUCAGAAGGUCACGGAACAAAAAACCAAAGUGCCCGAAGUGACGAAACCAAGUUUAAGCCAACCAACGGCCGCCAGCCCAAUUGGCAGCUCUCCAUCGCCACCAGUCAAUGGUGGCAACAAUGCCAAAAGGGUGGCAGUGCCGAACGGACAACCGCCAAGCGCCGCCCGCUACAUGCCUCGGGAGGUGCCGCCGCGAUUCCGUUGCCAGCAGGACCACAAAGUGUUACUAAAACGUGGGCAGCCCCCUCCACCAUCCUGCAUGCUCCUCGGGGGCGGGGCAGGGCCUCCUCCCCCCACGGCACCCGGAGCAAACUCCAACAACGCACAAGUGACAGGAACGCUGCUGCAGAGUGACGGUGGGACUGCACCAGAGUCAACCCUUGGAGGUGCUGCUGCUUCAAAUUAUGCAAAUUCCACUUGGGGCCCGGGAGCCUCCUCCAACAACGGCGCCUCCCCCAACCCAAUUCACAUCUGGGACAAGGUGAUUGUAGACGGGUCUGACAUGGAAGAGUGGCCUUGUAUCGCCAGCAAAGACACUGAGUCUUCUUCCGAAAACACCACCGAUAACAACAGUGCCUCGAACCCUGGCUCUGAGAAGAGCGCUCUGCCAGGAAGCACCACUAGUAACAAAGGAAAAGGGAGCCAGUGCCAGUCUGCAAGUUCUGGGAACGAAUGUAAUCUUGGGGUCUGGAAAUCUGACCCUAAGACUAAAUCUGUUCAAUCUUCCAACUCUACUACAGAGAGCAACAAUGGACUAGGAAAUUGGAGGAAUGUGAGUGGUCAGGAUAGAAUUGGACCUGGCUCUGGCUUCAGCAACUUUAACCCAAAUAGCAACCCAUCUGCCUGGCCAGCGCUGGUCCAAGAAGGAAAUCCUAGGAAAGGGGCAUUGGAAACAGAUACUAGUAAUUCCAGUGCACAGGUUAGCACAGUAGGUCAGGCAUCCAGGGAACAGCAGUCAAAGAUGGAAAAUGCGGGUGUUAAUUUUGUUGUCUCUGGCAGAGAACAGGCUCAAAUUCAUAACACUGAUGGACCAAAAAAUGGAAACACUAACUCCUUGAACUUAAGUUCACCAAACCCCAUGGAGAAUAAGGGAAUGCCCUUUGGAAUGGGCUUGGCGAACGCCUCCAGGAGCACUGAUGCCCCUUCACAAAGCACUGGAGAUCGAAAGACUGGGAGUGUUGGAUCUUGGGGUGCAGCUAGGGGGCCUUCUGGAACUGACACAGCCUCUGGACAAAGCAAUUCUGGAAACAAUGGGAACAAUGGAAAGGAUAGAGAGGACUCCUGGAAAGGAGCCUCUGUUCAGAAAUCAACUGGGUCAAAAAAUGACUCUUGGGACAACAAUAACAGGUCUACGGGUGGGUCCUGGAACUUUGGCCCUCAGGACUCUAAUGACAACAAAUGGGGUGAAGGGAACAAAAUGACAUCUGGGGUCUCUCAGGGAGAAUGGAAACAGCCGACUGGGUCUGAUGAGUUGAAAAUUGGAGAAUGGAGUGGUCCAAACCAACCAAAUUCUAGCACUGGAGCAUGGGACAAUCAAAAGGGCCACCCCCUCCCUGAAAACCAAGGCAAUGCCCAGGCUCCCUGUUGGGGAAGAUCUUCCAGCUCCACAGGAAGUGAAGUUGGAGGUCAAAGCACUGGAAGCAACCACAAAGCAGGAAGUAGUGACAGUCAUAAUUCUGGCCGUCGGUCAUACCGGCCCACACAUCCUGAUUGUCAGGCUGUCUUACAGACUCUUUUGAGCCGAACUGAUUUGGACCCCAGGGUGCUCUCAAACACUGGCUGGGGCCAAACUCAAAUUAAGCAGGACACGGUGUGGGAUAUCGAAGAGGUGCCAAGGCCUGAGGGGAAAUCUGACAAAGGAACUGAGGGGUGGGAGAGCGCUGCCACACAGACCAAGAACUCAGGGGGCUGGGGAGAUGCACCCAGCCAAAGCAAUCAAAUGAAGUCUGGAUGGGGGGAGCUCUCAGCCUCUACAGAGUGGAAAGACCCCAAGAACACAGGAGGCUGGAAUGACUACAAGAACAACAACUCUUCCAACUGGGGAGGCGGCCGACCAGAUGAAAAGCCAUCUUCCUCUUGGAAUGAGAACUCCAGCAAGGAUCAGGGGUGGGGAGGGGGACGCCAGCCCAAUCAAGGAUGGACUUCUGGGAAGAAUGGUUGGGGAGAGGAAGUCGACCAGGCGAAAAACAGCAGUUGGGAAAGUCCUGCAAGUAAACCUGUGUCUGGGUGGGGCGAAGGAGGGCAGAACGAAAUCGGAACUUGGGGGAACAGUGGGAAUACAAGCCUAGCUUCCAAAGGCGGGUGGGAAGAUUGCAAAAGGUCUCCAGCAUGGACCGAGACAGGCAGACAGCCCAAUUCCUGGAAUAAACAGCACCAACAGCAGCAGCAGCCACAGCAGCCACCGCCACCACAACCAGAGGCUUCUGGUUCAUGGGGAGGCCCACCCCCAGCACCUCCAGGCAACGGACGACCUUCCAAUUCCAACUGGAGCAGCGGGCCACAGCCAGUAACCCCUAAGGAUGAGGAACCCAGUGGUUGGGAAGAGCCAUCCCCACAGUCAAUUAGUCGGAAAAUGGACAUCGAUGAUGGCACUUCCGCAUGGGGAGACCCUAACAGUUAUAACUACAAGAAUGUGAAUCUGUGGGAUAAGAAUUCCCAAGGGGGCCCAGCACCUCGAGAACCAAACCUGCCCACCCCGAUGACCAGUAAAUCAGCAUCAGUCUGGAGCAAAAGCACACCACCUGCUCCAGAUAAUGGUACUUCAGCUUGGGGUGAGCCAAAUGAAAGCAGUCCUGGGUGGGGCGAAAUGGACGACACUGGAGCAUCUACCACGGGCUGGGGGAACGCACCCUCCAACGCUCCAAAUGCCAUGAAACCUAAUUCCAAAUCUAUGCAAGAUGGCUGGGGGGAGAGUGAUGGUCCAGUGACGGGAACUCGCCAUCCCAGCUGGGAAGAGGAGGACGAUGGAGGAGUCUGGAACACCGCCGGCUCUCAGGGAAGUGCUUCCUCCCACAACUCAGCAAGCUGGGGACAAGGAGGAAAGAAGCAGAUGAAGUGUUCACUGAAAGGAGGAAACAAUGAUUCAUGGAUGAAUCCUCUUGCCAAACAGUUUUCAAAUAUGGGAUUGCUGAGUCAAACUGAAGAUAAUCCAAGCAGCAAAAUGGAUUUGUCUGUAGGGAGCCUUCCAGAUAAAAAAUUUGACGUGGACAAGAGAGCGAUGAAUCUCGGGGAUUUUAAUGAUAUCAUGAGGAAGGAUCGAUCUGGGUUCCGUCCACCUAAUUCCAAAGACAUGGGAACCACAGAUAGUGGGCCUUAUUUUGAGAAGCUGACUUUGCCUUUCUCCAAUCAAGAUGGGUGCCUUGGGGAUGAGGCUCCCUGCUCUCCCUUCUCCCCUUCUCCCAGCUACAAGCUGUCUCCCUCUGGUUCCACACUACCCAACGUCAGCCUUGGAGCAAUCGGCACAGGGCUCAACCCCCAAAACUUCGCUGCUAGACAAGGUGGCAAUCAUGGUUUGUUUGGAAAUAGCACAGCACAAUCGAGAGGUAUGCACACGCCAGUGCAGCCGCUAAAUUCUUCUCCUAAUCUCCGGGCGCAAGUGCCUCCCCAGUUUAUUUCCCCCCAGGUUUCUGCCUCAAUGCUCAAGCAGUUUCCCAACAGUGGCCUGAAUCCAGGUCUUUUCAAUGUGGGGCCCCAGUUAUCUCCUCAACAAAUUGCCAUGCUGAGCCAGCUUCCACAAAUUCCCCAGUUUCAGUUGGCAUGUCAGCUUCUCCUGCAGCAGCAGCAACAACAGCAGUUGCUACAGAACCAGAGGAAGCUUUCUCAAGCUGUGCGCCAGCAGCAAGAGCAGCAGCUGGCUCGAAUGGUGAGCGCUCUCCAGCAGCAACAGCAGCAGCAGCAGCAGCAGCAGCAGCAGAGGCAGCCCGGCAUGAAGCACUCGCCCUCUCAUCCCGUUGGGCCCAAGCCGCAUCUGGACAACAUGGUACCCAACGCUCUGAAUGUGGGGCUCCCAGACCUUCAAACCAAAGGGCCAAUACCUGGAUAUGGUUCUGGCUUCAGCUCUGGCGGCAUGGACUAUGGCAUGGUUGGUGGGAAGGAGGCUGGAACAGAGUCUCGCUUUAAACAGUGGACCUCCAUGAUGGAGGGACUGCCCUCUGUAGCCACACAGGAAGCCAAUAUGCACAAAAAUGGCGCUAUAGUGGCCCCUGGUAAGACUCGAGGAGGGUCACCAUACAACCAGUUUGAUAUCAUCCCGAGUGACACACUGGGUGGCCAUACGGGUCCUGCUGGUGAUAGCUGGUUACCUGCCAAAUCUCCACCAACAAAUAAAAUCGGAAGUAAAUCCAGCAAUGCCAGUUGGCCUCCAGAAUUCCAACCAGGAGUGCCAUGGAAAGGUAUCCAAAACAUUGACCCUGAAUCUGACCCCUAUGUCACCCCAGGAAGUGUGCUGGGGGGUACAGCCACAUCUCCCAUUGUAGAUACUGACCACCAACUUCUGCGGGAUAACACCACAGGGUCUAAUUCUUCCCUCAACACCUCGCUGCCUUCACCUGGUGCCUGGCCCUACAGUGCCUCUGACAACUCCUUUACCAACGUUCAUAGCACUUCAGCAAAGUUCCCUGAUUACAAAUCAACAUGGUCCCCAGAUCCCAUAGGACACAACCCCACUCAUCUCUCCAACAAGAUGUGGAAAAACCAUAUUUCCUCAAGGAACACUACACCGCUGCCCCGCCCACCUCCUGGUCUGACCAACCCCAAACCAUCAUCUCCCUGGAGCAGCACAGCACCCCGAUCGGUCAGGGGUUGGGGGACACAGGACUCACGGCUUGCCUCAGCCUCUACUUGGAGUGAUGGUGGUUCAGUUCGUCCCAGUUACUGGCUGGUUCUUCACAAUCUCACUCCACAGAUUGAUGGGUCAACGUUGAGAACCAUCUGCAUGCAGCAUGGCCCACUGCUGACAUUCCAUCUGAACCUAACCCAGGGCACUGCCCUGAUCCGAUACAGCACCAAACAGGAGGCAGCCAAGGCCCAGACUGCACUGCACAUGUGUGUGUUGGGAAACACUACCAUCCUGGCUGAGUUUGCCACCGAUGACGAAGUCAGCCGCUUUCUGGCACAAGCUCAGCCCCCUACACCUGCAGCAACCCCAAGUGCACCUGCCGCAGGUUGGCAGUCGCUGGAGACCGGCCAGACCCAGUCAGAUCCCGUCGGACCUGCUUUGAAUCUUUUCGGUGGGUCCACAGGGCUCGGGCAGUGGAGCAGCAGUGCUGGCGGCAGCAGCGGGGCCGAUCUUGCUGGCGCUUCGUUGUGGGGGCCCCCAAACUAUUCUUCUAGCUUGUGGGGAGUCCCAACUGUGGAAGAUCCCCAUAGGAUGGGCAGCCCUGCUCCAUUACUACCUGGUGACCUUCUGGGAGGAGGGUCGGAUUCAAUCUGAACUUAAAACUUUCAACUCUGACCUCGUGACCUUUUUUGGAACAGCAGCAGCACUAACUUGACCUUUUCGUUUUUUUUUUCAACUUGCAAUAAAUACAUUUUUAAAAGGAAAAAAGAAAACGGAGAGAGAAAAAAAAAAGGUGGGUCAUUGACAGACUGUCUGAGCACAUAGUUGCCUCCCUUAUAACUUCAGUUUUUUCGUUUGGAAUAUGAAUCCAAAAAGAGAACAUAUCACUCUUGAAAUACUUGAAUCAUGAACGCCAACCUAGAAAGACAAUGUGAAGCAAGUACACAUACCAUUUAAAUUUAAACACAAAAAAAUUAAAAAAAUUAGUUUCUAGUUUUUCACUUUUUUCAUGUUAUAUGGAAGUUGUUGCUAAGAAACAUAUAUACUGAAAAAAAAUAGCUUUUUAACUUUGUUUGCACUGGGUGUGUUUCCGUCCUUAGGUCUACCACGUUUGGGAGGGAGGGGAAUUCAAAAGAAUUGUUGGGGUGGGGGGGGGAAGACUUGACGGAGCCUCACUUUAAAAACAAAAACACAAAAAACCUAAAAAAAAAAAAAAAAAAAAGGAAAAAAUUUGUGAUUGGCUGGUUGAUAAAUACCAGUGUGUUCUGGCACAUGUAACUGCCCAGGCAUGCUCGUUCUGGUAUGUGUGUGCACGUGUGUUCAUGUGCAUUUGCGUGCAUCCUUCUCUCUGUCUCUGUGUGUGCGUGUGCCCGUGUCCUCCUCCCCCUGCCCCACCCGAUCUCUCCGAACGCUGCGUUGCUAACAGUCUGCAGGCUGGCUGGCCGGCCAUCUGCUUUUUAUUUUUUUUUUUAAUUUUUAUUUUUUUUUUAACUAUGAGAACACACAAGCACCGGGAGCCACUGCUUACUUAAAGCAACUCCGUUGGGCUGCAUUAAGAUGAACAGAGUGCUUUUUAAUGAUUAAAGCAGGGAGCUCCUUUACAUUUGCAAAUUAGCCUGAGCGAGUUUUCUCUUGCUUUUCUUUCGACCUAGCAGUAGAGCGGAGCACUGCCAAGUCCCAAAAAAGUAGGAGAGCAGGAGGUACCUCUUGGAGCAACCGUGUGUUUUAUUUAUUUCUGUUUUUUAAAGUAAGUGGCCACCAGGCACAUCGGGAUAUCUGUUAAGUUUCACGCAGGCCUUUUCUUUUCAUUAGUUUGAACGGGAACAGACGAUGAGAGAGUUUUUACUUCUGUGGUGUCUCAAAAGCAGAAAAACCACGUUCCCCCUUUCUUGUUGUAAUCAGGUAUGAGGAAUUCAUCAGAAAGUCAGGUAAUGCUGAAUUGGUUCUCUUUUUCAUUGUGUGAAAACGAAACAAGUAACUCGUGAGCAGCUGCAGCUUCUCCCUCUCUGCUCCUCUCUCGCCGAGCGUUACCUGUGCCAGGCCGCGGCGCGCUACAGCACCAGGCCAUCACUGACAGAAACGUUUACUUAACGAAUGUUCUUAAACCAGUGUGUACUUCAAGCGUUUCCUUUUGUUUCUCUGUGUUGUGUAUUUCCUGUGUAUGUGGUUUUGCUUAGGCAGGUAUAACUUAGCAAAGACUUUUAAGUAUUGCACCUUUUUUUGGUUUUGACCUCUUUAUUUUUUUUUUUUUUUCCCCUUGUAAUGUUGCUUUUUUAUUUUGGUAUUUAAAGACUUUUUUUUUUUUUUUUUUUUUUUUAAGCAUCAAUGUAGUAGUACUCUGGGCCGAAUAGGGGGCAACUUUUAAUCCACAGUUAUCACCAACAUGUAUGUACUUAUGUUGGAAUCAACAUGUAUCAAACUGCUUUUUGUGAAGAGUUCUAGCAGACCUGAAGGGGUACCCCUUUAUACAAAGCAGAUGGCUGGCGGGGCGGGGGGUGGUGGGGAGGGAGGGGAACGUAUGCCGGUAAUGUGCUAGCACUUGUGUGGACAUCCCAGUCUGCAUUAUACUGUUUAACAUAAAGUGCCGACAUUCUGUACCAGCAAAUACCUGCCCAUUCCAACCCUUGGUGGGAGCAGACCUCUACUGUCCUCCAUAACUUGCUGCUAGUGAGGACAAGGGAGUUUUUCUUUCUUUAGCAUCUUCAGUGAAGGAUACAACAAUGCCUAAUGUAUUUGACUUUUAGCUUGUGUCUGUGUGUAGGUGGGUGGGUGGGUGUGUAUAGGAAAAGGCAAAAACGAAUUAUUUGCAUCAAGUGGUUUUAUGAGACAAAGAGUGGGAAUUCUGUAGUCCUCUGGCUUACCCUGUUGAUUAUAAACCUAGCCUCAAAAGAGAUUGACAUGUGUAAUUCAAGUAAGCAUUCGCUCUUGGAAGUCUUUAUGCACCCUUUGUGGGGAGGUGGUCAAACUUGAGUCUCCAGCGUUGGUUCAGUCCCAUUGGAUGCCUUGUAGAAAACUAACUGUGCCCUCUUCCUGCUCUCCGGUUUUCAUCACCACCACCAUGCCCCUUCCAUCUCUGCCCAUGUACAAAAAUGUCUCCUUCUGGUCCCCUCUGCCUGCUCUCUGUGUGAGGAGCAAAACCCUGUGGUGUGUGGUGACGUCCAGGUGGAGAGCAGCUGUGUUCAGCCAUCUACAGAAGGCAAAAUCUUAGUGGCCCUGGGCCAGGAGCGUGUCCCGAGGCUCCCACGAGCCCGUGACAGCCCUGUCCACUGCCGUGAUUCCCUGUCGUGUCCUGCCCCCCCCCCCCCCCUCCUGCCUGCUGGUUCCUUGGCCUGCACUAUGGGUUAGUUGAGUUCCUUACGAUACUACGGUGAAAGCCGGGUGCUAGAGCCCCUCUUGUUUACAAGACAUAAUGAGGGAUUUGAAAUAUGUAAAAAUAAACAUGAGAAGCUCAAAUGUUCUUCCAUCUUAAGCUUAAAGGGAAAAAAUUAAAAACUUAAAAAAAAAAAGACCAAAAAGUGCGUAUAUAUAUACAUAUAAAUAUAUAUUUUAGAUGAAGACUAACUCUGGGAGCAUUUAACAGUGUUUUUUGUUUUUGUUUUUAACAUUUAUUUUCCUGCUUUAAAAUUUGCAAGCAUUCUCAGGAAUUCUAGGGUAGGAAGCCAGUUUUUUGAAGAUGGUUUAUUUAACCGUAUCUUAUCCUAGAUAGACGGCUGUUUCUUUCCUGUUCAUAAACUUUUACAAGUUCCUGAAACUUCAAAAAGUUGAAGCAAUUUUUACUUAAAAAAAAAAAAAUGUAAAGUCUCCAAACAUUAUUGUCAUACUGGGGAUCACACAUUUUAAAACACAUAGAAAGAAAUAUUUUUUAAAAAUGAUCAAUUUAGCAGCAACAGGUCAAUUCGUUAUCUUUAAAAACACAGGAGAAGGAUUAGCUUUCUAAGAGCUUUAUCAUGGAUUCGUUUGAAAUUGUGUGUCAUUUAGUGGGAGCGUUUGGUUUUUAUAAAUGGGAACGUCAUCACUCUGUUCCUUUCCAUUUAAGAUUGAACUGACAUCUCCCCUAAUGAUUGUUUUUGUUUUGUUUUUUUUUUAAGGGAACCCUUCUCCCUGCCCCUCAAACCCCAGGACAAAAGAAAGAAAGAAAGAAACAACAACUUAGGGGGGAAAAAAAAAGUAAACUCUAAUCUGUAAAAUAGUACGGUUGGAUUGCUGAGAAUCUAUGUAAAGAGCUAGGAAAUAUAGGUUAAUAAUUUUUGGAACAAAUUUUAAAUAUAGGCAUUACUAGAGGAAAAUAUCUAUGGACUGUUCUAUUAACAAAGAAUGUCUGUCUUACCUCCGUUUGUUAUGGGAGGAGGAGAAAAGAAGAAUCUAAUAAGGAACAAGUGAUUUUACUUUUUUAGCUCCCAGCUACUGUUGUGCUCAUUUUAAUUGCUGUUUUGAAGAUCUGCUGCUUAAUUAUCCCCAUCCCUCAGCUGGAGAUGUGGAGUAUUUCCUUUUCGAUUUUUCAUGACGUUGAAUUCUCCUUUUGUAUUCCCUCCUGGGGCCGGGGGUCAGAAUUCCCAAGCAUGACCACAGCUGCUUUUAAACAUCUAAGCUUCCCAGUGGGAAAGAAACUCCAGCUUGACAGGUAAAGGGAGUGGGUGGGGUUGCUGCCUGCAAUUUCUCUAAAGCCGCUUUAGUGCCUUCGUACAUACACCCAGACAUCCUAAGCAGGGGGAACGCGUGUGUAUGUGCAUGUGGUCCAGUCACUCCACAGACAUUAAGACACUUGCCCAUUAAGGAAAUCGGAGUGGUUCUGGACAGGCCCCACAGGCAGUGGGCUAAAUUGAAAAUAAACAGAAAUCAAGGAAGUUAAAUCUGCUUUCAUGUCUCAGUAAUGUGGAAUGCCAAGAUCCUUCCUUGUGUUAUCGCCCUCGUUACUGGGUACUGACAUCUCCACGUGUGUCAUUGUGACAACCACAUACAGUGAUUUGGAAAGUCUGUCUGUGUUGGGCCAGUAGAAAGGGGUUCCUGUUUUUCUGCUCCUGUCCUCCCUUGUCUCCUCUCUUUCCCCCAACUCUGCCCCCCCACCUUUUUUUUUUUUUUUUUUUUUUUUUUUUUUUUGGUCAACUUGAUGGAAGCUUUGCUUUAUUGGUUGGCAGUGACCUAAGAAAAGGAUAUAGUGAGAAUAUAAUGGAAGAGAAAAACUCUUCUUUCCGUGAUAUUCUUUGGCAAGAGCCAUGUCUGCUGAGAGGUUAAGUGGCUUCCAUACACUUAGAAAAUUCGGUGGGAGCGGCUUCUCUUCCACCACAUUCUGGCAUGUGUACAGAGGUUUGCUGGUCACCUCUCAUUAUGUAGAUUUAUUUUGUAAACAUUUCGAUCAUGUAAAUUUGAGCUUUCCAAUUUUUACUAGUUUCCUUUAUUUUUUAAACACUUGAUUACUAGUGGCUGGAGGUGUCCAUCUUUCAAACAUCACAAACUUGGUUUCUGUCUACCACAUGAGUCGCCAAAAAAAUUUAAAAAAUAAAAAAAUAAGCACUCGUGGGGAAGAGAUGUCUUCCAUCAGACUGGAGACCUCUACUGGCAAUUUAAAUCCAGUGCCAUGACCUAAUUUUAGGUGUUUAAAAACAAACAAACAAACAAACAAACAAACAAAAAAAACCCACAAAGUUCAGAUCUCCGAGACACUGUGAAGAAAUGGAUGGCCCAUGUGGCAUCUCUGGUUCCUCCGUACCUAGCCCUUGAUUUUUUGCAUUUACAACAUGCACAGAAGUUAACUUAGCAGUGAUGGCAUGUCAAGGUUCCAAAGCAAAUUCUUUCAUCAGUAUCCCCCAGUAAAUAAUUAUCCAUUGAUUGCCAUUCGAUCAGUUUUAUUUAUAGCAGCUUAAUUUUCUAAUCAGAUGGCUCCUGUUCUAAGAACUUUGCCACCUCUUCUGAUAUGAAUGUAGCAUAAAUGAACAGUCGGUUCUUCCAAGUUCCUGUGGGUUGAACGUGGGAUCUAAGAUAUGCAAAAAAAUAAAUAAGAAGAAGAAAAAAGAGAGGAAAAGAAAUCCCUGCCUAAGAAUUUGGAAGACCUUUUAUUAAUAUAUCUAGCAGAAACUAACAUUUCACGGGCUACUGACUUGUUGCAAAGAUUCACUCGGAUUUUUGCCACUUGUCGGGGGGGCAGUUUUUGUAGGGUUAACAGCCAGAUUCCAUAUCGACCUCAGAUGCUGUGUACUUUUUAAUUUUACUUUUUUAUAUUUUGCCAUCUUGACUCUUAAACAAAAUGAAGAUGUCUCUGUGUUGAGAAAAACGCUUAAGCCAAGCCUGUUUUCCUCUGCAGUGUAAAUAAGAUGUUUUCAGCAGACUUGGCUCUAACAGCCGUCUCUAAGAUUAGGGAACAAUUGAGUCUUUAUGUAAAAAAGGUCCCCUUCUCCCCCAUCCUCGGAGUUCAGAUUCAAUAUAUAACACUUUGUAGGUUAUUGUUUGGGAUUUGGGUUUUUUUCUUUUAACUAUCUAUAGGGUCUUUUACUAAGCAUAGAGACACAUGUUUAGCUGGUUAAAAAACAAAAUCAAACUUUUUCUUCAGUGUUUUUGCCAAGUUUUGUCACACUUCAUUCAUGUCUGUGCAUUAACUAUGCUGCUUAGUGUUGCUGCAAAAAGAAAUGUAUUCUUGAAUUGUUUUCCUUUCUGUGAGUGUACAGCUAAGGCUGCAUGUAAUGGUGCAGAUGAAAAUAUUCCAGCCUCUGUGUCUACAGGGAGUUGUCAAUCUGUAGACCUCAGCACCCUUUCAGAAAAUAGGGCGCCCUCACCCUCUGCUGCACACCGCACCCUCUUAGCUUUCUUAUCUACAACUACAGGCUGUCCACACAGUCUAGAAGCAGGCAAAUAUACAUAAUGUUGUCAAGAAUGUCAACAAUCUGUUUUAAAAAAAAAACCCAUAGAAUGUGUGGGGUCUCUGUGUUUCCAGAGUUAGUGCAUACCCUGUCAUAAGCUCUGUAGGUUUAUGGCCAGUGCCAAAGGUGUGUGUAUUUUCAGAGAUGGUCCCCACUUGUUAAUGACGGUGUUGUUUUCUUGACCUUGAAUCUGAUAAAGGAGGUACUGGCAUCACAUUCUUAGAUUUAAAAUAGUUCUCAACUUCAGGAGUCUAUGAACACAGUAGUAAUGGAAUAAAAAUAGAACGUUGACCCUCCCUAACCUGCCCAGAAUGCCUCCCCGCUGCCUGCACCGCCAAAGAGGCCAUGAACAUUUACAGGAUGGUGAAGGGAACACCGGUCAGGAAACAGAGCUACUCCCCACCGGCUGGGCAUUCCUGCUACCCUUAUGUGUGUGGUCACUCAGACUAGAGCUGAAGGAAUUACCAAGUAUUCUAACAUUUGAGUGGUUUUUAAAAUGUCAAUCUCUUGUAUCCUACCACCACCACCACUAAAAAAAAAAAAAAGAAGACCGAAGCUGCCAGUGUUUGCCUCACAGAAUUUAAAUAGUUCUUUUCACUUGGCUAUACAGCUGAAUUUGUUUUUAAAGAGAAACUAUGCACACCAGGAAACAUGGUCCCACCCUGACUGAAGGGUCUCUGUAAGAUUCAGUCAUGGGGUCUUCGUUGUGACAAACACUAGUUUUGUCCCUGGGGAAAGGAAAGGUCAGAUAAAGGCAAGAAGUGUUGUGUUGUAAAUUUAAAAAAAAAAAAGAAAGAAAGAAAGAAAGAAAUCGUGUUUCCGUAAAGCACUUUGUGCCUCGGUUUAUUUUUCACACUGUCAGUCACCACUUUGGAAGUCCAUUCCCAAUCGCCAUUGACCCCUCUCGAGCCAAGAUUAAUAUGUUGAGACUGUUGUUUUCAAAGAGCUUAAUUCCUCUUUACUGCUAGUGGGGAGCAGCAAAACUGUAAAGGUACUUUACAGUGUGGUCGUUGCAGAGAUGUGAAACGAAGUGCUUUUCUUCCCCCUUCACCCCUGCUUUCCUGGACCCCACCCUCAAUCUGGCUUUCCUUCUCCCUUGGCUCCUGAAAGGUGUGCACGGUUCUCAGAGGGCUGGGUUGUGCGAGGUCACUGGAGGUGAGCUAGCCGUCCCGCAGAGCUUUAUGGACAGGAAGGUCGUGUAUCCUAAACGUGUUCGCCAAAAAUGGAAAGGGGGGGGUCGUCUGUAUACUAAACAAAGCAAAAACCUUUGGAACCCUUUAAAGAAGUUACAUACCUUUUAAAGGUAGUAUAGUUUCUCACCAAGUGAUGCAUCCAGCGUGACCCUUCUUGCCGGAAAUUUCGGGAUGUUAGAAUAAAUGUGUUUAAAACACCACCCCCCCAUCCCCCUCCCCCUUUUAAUUUUGUCCAAGGAAUUACUUAAGUGUAGUAUUUCUGAAUGUGCCUUUGGGAGUACAGGGACCGUCUGUUUUAGGAAGAAGCUCUCCGUGGGGAUAAAACAGAAAGGCGGUCAGCUUAGUCUUUAGGGAAGUCAGCGAUUCUCCUGGCAGUCCCCGGGGGCAGCCGUGGAGUUUUCAUUAGCACCCAUAUUGCACAGUGUAGAGUUGUGUGGAAAAGAUCCUGGGGCUCGGGCGGGAGAAUGAGGUGAUGGUGCACAACGACAGAGACCCAGGUCGGUCGGAGAGCGCAGGUUGAAUUUCUCUACCUGCAGUACCUAGUUUCCCUCGUGUCUGUGUGCGCGCGCGUGUGGCCGUGGCCGUUUUGGUUUUUGUUUUUCUGUAAGCACUGGAGAACUGAAAUAUGGUGAUGUCUGUGACACAUUCGUGCAUGUCAAGAAGGCGUUUUCUGGCUUCCGCCAUGUGCGGGGCGGGCAGCGCGUUUCCACCCUCUUGAGUCUGUGUCCUGAGAAGGCAAUUAUUUUCCCAAAUGGAAGUCCCAUAAUGUUGCUGUUUAUGAGAACAGGGUAUUACACACGAGGAAAAGGCUUUUGAGAGAAUAAGAUGGAAGUGUUUGAGAAAAAAAGAAAGAAAAAUCUGAAAUCAUAUUUUAUUUCUUCAGAACUAUUCUAGUUAAACGUAGAAAUCUGCAGUGUCUCUUCAUUUGUUUUUAUGUUUGUUUUAAACGAUUCCACCUCUUCUCCCCAUGCCCGAUCUUCUAAAGAAACCACAAGUGAAUGCUAAGGGCCAUUUUCCAUAAUUCCUCAGAACUCCCCAAAGAGGAAAACAGUCCCUCCCGCAAGAUUCCUUCAGCUUCAUUCAGGAGACAAAGGGAGGAGAGAUGUGGCUCUCUGGGCUUCUCUCUCAUUCCUCUCUAAUGGCCUUGAAAUGUAUUAUUAUGCAAAUGUGAAUUUUGAUACUGAAUUUAAGAAGAGGUUGUUGGAUUUUUUUUCUUUUUUCAAAAAAAAAAAAGGUCCCAUAUGUGGUCAUCAUUGCUUCUUUAUUUUGUAACGUGAAUUGUAACUAUGCAUUCUGCAAGGGGGGGGGGGGGAGGGUGAGGGCAGAAAGGGGAAGGAAGUGGCUUUGCAUCCUUGUUCUACGGUUUCUGUGUCCAUGGUGUCCCCACGUCCUGGCGGGGAAGGGGAGUGAGAGCCAGCAGCGGUCAAGUCGGCACAGUGAGGUAGAAAGAGACGCGGAGUCCUCCUGCAGUCCUGGGGGCCUGCGGUUCCUGGCAGCCGGAUUCUCCACCCUAACCGUGCAGUGUUAGCCCAGGGCCACAGCGGGGGCCCCAAAGGCCCUCGUGUUCUCUGGGAAAAAGUACUCAUCCUUUCCUGAAUUCAGAACCCUUUCAAGCUCAGGAAACCAUGCCUCGUUCGUGCUGACCUUAAAGUUCAUCUUCCUGUCGAUUUCCAAAACUCCUCCUCCGGCUCCUCCUCGGUCCUUUUAAUUUGUCUUUGUUUUUCCUUAAGCAUUUUUAAGUGACUUAUUUAUAAGGAAACUGUCUUGCUCUGUGGGGAAGAGGGCCCGUUGGCUUGGCAGGCAAAAAAAGGACUCUUCCUUCCCCACCCACUGCCCCUCAGCCGAACGUCCUCUCUCUGCUUCCUUGCCAUUUGUUCUGCUAGAGAGCUGGUGAGCGGUGAGGUGCUGCACACAGGAAAGCCUAGAGCCUCCCGGCCCGACAGAAUUCCUGUGGUGAGUCCUGGCACCUGCACUGCUCUGGUCUAGGCAUUCUUUGCAACACGCAGUAUCAUAAGCCAGAGAUUGUUCUGCCCACGUUCAGUGUUUCCAGGCAGAAGUUUUUGUUGUUGACGUUCACAGUACUGUAACGAGGAACAGACUUGAUCACAGUCUCCUCGUGCCCGUGCAGGGUUGCACGGGCACGAUCUUAUCAGGGUUCCAAUCUGUUAGAUUGCCUUUAGACAAAAAAACAAAAACACAAAAAAAAAAAAAACAAAAAAAAAACAAAACAAAAAAUAAAAUCCUGACGUUUCAACUGUCUAACACAAAACAAUACCUCGAGGUACAUUUCCCCUGCAAUGUAGACCCUUAACUCCCCUCUCUGUUUCUGACACCAGUGGGUUAUCCUUUUUAAAAUAUGAAUGUGUAAAUAGGAUAACUUUUACGAUGUUUUCCUUUGCUGUGAAAGUAGCCCUAAAAUAUGAUAUUUUCCUUUUUUUUUUUUUUUUUUUUUUUGUUAAGCCAUCUGAAGUUUCAGAUCUUCUUUCAGGCUUAAGAGAAAGAACAGGUCAGGGGAGCGGACUUGCAUUUGUAGGGUGGUGGUCUCUCCAUUGCCUCUCAUACGCAGUGACAGCCGACCAGUGUCUGAACCCUGUUUCAAAUAGAUGCCAUCUCUUCCAGAUCUACUUCCAGGGUGGGGAGUGUCUGAAUUUCUCUCUUCCAGAAGAUCCAUCCCCUCCAGGCACUCCAGAAUGUUUUUUACCUGAGACCUUGAGCUCUCGACCUCUCUUGCUUCACACACAGGCUGACUUUUUUGAGCAACAGAGUAGCAUUCUGUAGCUCACAAAGGGAAUUAGUCCCUGGCAUUUCAGUUUGGCGCUACAGAAUUCAUAGCCUUGUCACUUUGCGAUGCUCUGGAAAUGGAUUGAUGUCUUACUUAAAGGAAAUCCACCUGAGACGUGCAAACAGCCUCCCUGAAAGGUGUGAGCACCCUCAGAUGUUCUUCUCGUUCGUCUCCGUGAGGCCUGAAGCUGACAUUAGGUAGAGGGAAAGGACGUUUAACAAAUGCUGCUUGUAGGAACCUGUCAGCUACUGCUCUCCUAGAUUUGGCCACCCACGAGGCAGGGUCAGAAUGGAUCAUUUUGAAUAACUUCUUCACAAACAUCUCCUUUCCCCCCCAUCUUAAGGAUAAACCCUGUAUCUGUCUAGAAGCCCUUUUUAGUUUGAGCUCACCGAUCUUGUAUAGUGACGACUUCCUCUGAGGGGAAGAAGCUUGAUAAUAAAUGCACACAUACUCACCACCCACCUUCUGAUUUGGGCCGCCAUCCACCUUUGAUUUUAUUUCUGUUGUUUGGAGGCUGGCCCCUUUUCUGUCAGUCUCCUUCCUCUGGUCCCCCUUAAGUCCUUACUGCCCUUAUAUCCAUCCACAAUGCUCCCAAAGGGCUUUGCUGAUCUCUGCACUUCUUUCCCGGGACAUUUCCCCACCACCACCCUUUGCACACACCAGUGACCAAAGUGUGUCCAGUGAUCUCACAGAAGACAUCAAAAAUGGUGCAUGCACCGUGAAUGUGCUCACAGAGACACGUGCACAAGAUUCUGCACCCUUGGCCUUAACCUCUGUAUGACUUAAGGUGCAGGAACAUUUUUAACAGGUUAUAAAAAAAAAAAAACGAAAAAAAAAACCCUUCUGGGACCGGGGCGGGGGAGGGGGGGGCGGGGGAAGCAGACACAACAGCUCAAUUGUGCCCACUCCUAACUCUCUCUUACUAUUUGCCUACAACUUAAUUCUGUGCCCACCCCACCCCACCCC